AUAUCUGGAAGCAUGCAAAGGCUUGUUUCGUGUAUCCGUACCCAAAGCAGCAGUGUCACGUAACAGACAGCUUCCCACGGCCAACCAGGCUGGCGCAGCCGCGUGUACUACGUGGCAUCUGGGCACGCCAAAGCAUUGGCUCCUCUCUGGGGAGUGGAAGGGGCUCAGUUAUUAAUGACCGCUGAGAAGGCAGCACCAUGUCAGUGUGACAAUCGAGUGGGUGAACGAUGCACCGCUAACCACCAUGGAAACAAGGAGAAAUAGGAACAGCUAGCAAGCAUCUCUCUUUCUCUCCCCCUCUCUCUCUCCUCUGGAUCGCAAGCCUCAGCCCAGCCAGGCAGCAACAGCGCUCUGGCAAACAUAAGGGAUCUCAGCUGGCAGCACAGAGAGUCUCUCAUGGUGUAGGAUAUCAAUAGAUACAUCUUUGUAUUAUAUACUGUUAGACACACGCAUGCACGCUGACUCUCUCACACACAUGUAUGCAUAUUUAUUCAGACUCUGGCUUUAAUACAAGUAUGUGGCUACCUGAACUAAGGAAUCAAAAUUACUGAUAUGCAAGAACUCCUCCAGCUCUGAAACUACUCCAAUUACAGGUGGCCAAUAGCAAAUGUCAAAGGAGGAGCAGAAAACCAGGUCAGCUAUGUAGCUAUGCUUCCCCAGAAUACUUUCCUGGUACCUCUACUGAACAGAAGUCCCUGAGAAUCAUAGUGGGGUCAGAAUGCUGAGAUUAGAUAUCUGCAGUAGCAGUCUGUUUAAUCUCAAUUAAUUUACUAUUCAGGUCACCCUGUCAUUCCUGCAAACACUAAUCAAUCAUGGGAUUUGAAGUUAAUACUACUAAAUAAAUGAAUUGCUUAAUCUCCUAUGACCAUCUAUACAUACUUCAUCUUCACAAAGCUUAUCAAUUUUAUGUCAUCAAGGACAGAGUGACCUUUGUUUCCACAAAAUGCCUCUUACUACUGGACAAGUUGGUUACAAAUUUAUCACUUAUCCUCAGGAAGAAAGUCCUUCACGAUCAUCAUUUCACAAAUGCAAGUGUGCACUUUAUCAACUGACCAGGCCAUACUGAAUUCCAAACCCAUAACUGUGGAAUAUUAACACGUGUUACUUUUCUGAACAUUUGAGCUAAGAUGAAGGACAUGCAAGUCAAAAUUAAUUUUCUAGUUGGCCUAGUUAUCACUGCACUAGUACAAGCUGUAGAAAAAAAAGCAGACUGCCCAGAGUCAUGUAUAUGCGAGAUCAGACCAUGGUUCACCCCCAGGUCUGUGUAUAUGGAUGCUCCAACAGUGGAUUGUAAUGAUUUAGGCCUUUUUAAUUUUCCAGCCAGACUGCCUGCUGACACACAAGUUCUACUUCUACAGACUAAUAAUAUUGAAAACAUUGAACAGUCAGUCAACUUCCCAGUGAAUUUAACUGGUCUAGAUUUAUCUCAGAACAAUUUAUCUUCAGUGACCAGUAUUAAUCUUAGAAAGAUACCACAGCUGCUUUCAGUGUACCUUGAAGAAAACAAACUUACUGAACUCCCUGAAGAAUGUCUCUCUGGACUCCACAAUUUACAAGAGCUUUAUAUUAAUCAUAAUCUGCUUUCUGUGAUUGCACCAGGAGCUUUCAUAGGCCUGAAUAAUCUUCUUAGACUUCAUCUCAAUUCAAAUGGUCUGCAAAUGAUCAACAGGAAGUGGUUUGAAGCUACUCCUAAUCUUGAAAUUCUCAUGAUUGGAGAAAACCCAAUAAUCAGAAUUGAAGAUAUGAAUUUUAAGCCUCUUAUCAAUCUGCGCAGCCUAGUUUUAGCAGGCAUAAAUCUCACUGAAAUACCAGAUAAUGCUUUGGCUGGCCUUGACAAUUUAGAAAGCAUCUCCUUUUACGACAAUAGAUUUGUUAGAGUGCCCCACAUUGCUCUUCAAAAGGCCACAAAACUUAAAUUUCUGGAUCUAAAUAAGAAUCCCAUUAACAGAAUACGACGAGGAGAUUUUAGCAAUAUGCUGCACCUAAAAGAGUUAGGAAUUAAUAACAUGCCUGAACUGAUCUCUAUAGAUGGUCUUGCUGUUGAUAAUUUGCCAGAUUUAAGAAAAAUAGAAGCUACCAAUAACCCCAGAUUAUCGUACAUUCAUCCAAAUGCAUUCUACAGACUGCCCAAGCUGGAAUCUCUCAUGCUUAACAGCAACGCACUGAGUGCCCUUUACCGCAGUACAAUAGAAUCCUUGCCUAACCUUAAAGAAGUUAGUAUACACAGCAAUCCCAUUAGAUGUGAUUGUGUCAUCCGCUGGAUUAACAUGAAUAAAACAAACAUUCGCUUCAUGGAGCCGGAGUCCCUGUUUUGCGUAGACCCCCCUGAAUUUCAAGGCCAGAAUGUGAGACAGAUACACUUCCGGGAAAUGAUGGAAAUCUGUCUCCCACUGAUAGCUCCUGAAAGUUUUCCAUCUACUUUGGAUUUGAAAACUGGCAGCCAUAUUUCCUUACACUGCAGAGCAACAGCAGAACCAGAACCUGAAAUCUACUGGAUAACACCAUCAGGACACAAACUUUUGCCUAAUACUAUUUCUAACAAAUACUACAUUCAUUCCGAAGGAACAUUGGACAUAAGUGAUGUAACACAAAAAGAAAGUGGCUUAUACACAUGUAUAGCAACAAAUUUAGUUGGGGCAGACCUAAAGUCAGUCAUGAUUAAAGUGGAUGGCUCUUUCCCUCAGGACAGCAAUGGAUCUCUGAAUAUUAAAAUAAAAGACAUAAAAUCUAAUUCUGUUUUGGUUUCAUGGAAGGCAAGUUCUAAAAUUCUGAAAUCCAGUGUUAGAUGGACAGCCUUUCCAAAAGCUGAAAACUCUCGAGCUGCACAGAGUGCUCGAAUACCAUCUGACAUAAAGGUAUAUAAUCUUACACAUCUAAAUCCAUCAACCGAAUACAAAAUCUGUAUAGAUAUUCCCACUAUCUAUUCACAGAAUAAGAAACAAUGUGUCAACGUAACCACAAAGGGACUGGACUUGGCAGUGAAAGGCUAUGAAAAGAACAACAUAAUAGGAUUCUUUGCCUGCCUUGGAGCUCUUUUGGGAAUCAUCUCUGUGACGUAUCUCUACAGUUGCAUCUCACGUGGCAUGAACUAUGGUGUUGGACACAGCUAUCUAAAGAAUUAUCUGAAGAAACAAUCCUUUUCACUCAAUGAGCUUUAUCCUCCACUGAUCAGUCUUUGGGACAUGGGCAAAGACAAAAGCACAGCAAUGGAAGUAAAAGCAACUGUAAUAGGUGUACCAACUAAUAUGUCAUAAAUGUGUCAGUAUAUCACUUAAUUCCUGAAAUAAAAAGCACAUGACUGCAUUUGUGCUGAACAAAAAGGCAACAAGAAAAAUAAUUUCUUUCACUUAGGAACUAGACAUCUGGACUUUGCUGCUGCUGACAAAUGGGAAUAUGUACUCACUCAGCAUAAGAGAAGAAUUUUAACUAACUGGUUUCUAACGGUAUUCUACCAACCAAAUACAAUUAACUUCAUUUUCUAGAAAUUUGAUGGGACAUUGAAGUCUGGAAUACAGUGCAAGUAGCCAAGAACAUUUUCUGUAUUUUUUUUUUUAUUAUUAUAUAAAAGUAGUGGAACUGAGCAAUACCUCCUUCUCUGCUGUAUUACACAGUCUAGCCACGAGUUUUUGAAGUGAACAGGUAUACUAGGAUUGACACAUGGUGUAAUGAAAUGGACAAAUUCUGUAGAGUAGACACAGUGAGUAUGUGAAUUUUUUUUAUGAGGAAAAUACAUUUUUUGAUUAAAAUCCAAAUAGUUUUUGGCUUGUUUGUUUCUAAACAAAACAUUCUGGGUGCUCUUGUCUGACAAUAAACAAACUCAUUCUAGGGUCUGACAAAAUAUCUCCUUACAUAUAAUCCUGUUAAAAUACCAGUCUGAGCACACAGGAUAUUUUUGCUGGGUUUAGGCUAUAUAACUGCAAUAAGCUACACAAUAAAUAUUUUUAUAAAGUACUUACCCGUAAUAAUAACACACAUAUUUUACAUGGUGCUUACUGUGGGAGAAAGAAGAGAGAAGGCAGGCGGGAAGGAGACAUAAAACUGAUAGGGAAAUAGAUUGUUAGCUACUGAUAAAAGCAAGUUUUGAGCUGCUUUGGGAUUUUCCCAGAAGCCUGAAAACUAAAUGCAAUGUUUCGACUCAGAUAACAUAAAUCCAAUAUUUUGUCUUCAGUCAAAGGGUUAUUCAGUUACCAAUAAUGUCUAAACUUCAGGCUGGUCAUACAGG